AUGGCGAGUCAAGCAAGGGCAUUUUCUUGCACUUUCAUGGCGGUGGAUUCAUUAUCGGGUCGCAGAAGCAGUAGCUCUAAUAACGCCUUGAGGCGAUAUGCAAACCAGUGUCAACUUACAGCGAUUUCGGCCGGCUAUUGUCUCGCUCCAGAAGAUGCUCAUCCUGCCGGACUAGAGGCCUAUUUUGAUGCAGCAGCAUAUUUUGUCGACCUUGGACAAGCAGAGUACAGUGCCAAGUUGCUAUUCAUCGAAGACAAAUUAGUGCUUAAUCUGGAAGCUCUCAAUCAGUUCAAGGACGCCUAUGUUCCAGGCAAAGACAUUGCUGAACGACGACAUCCUCUAGUGUCCCCGCCGUACGAAGGUAUGCAGGCAUUGGCGCAAGCAAGCAAGUCUCUUCCACCGGCACUUCUCAUGUGUAGGACGGAAGAUCCGCUGCCGGGUGACACGUUGUUGAUGAGCAUGAAGUGGCUGAUAACGGGGAACGAGGCAAUUGUGAAAAUUCACCCUGGUUCUUCACAUGACUUCUUCGCAUUCGCCGGCGUCAAAGUCGCAGAUGGAGGUGUCGCGACAGUUAUCGAGUUCCUCCAGGAAAAGCUUCAAAUUGCAAGAUGA